AUGUCGGAUGUGCAAUUGGCCAGGUUGCGUGUACCUGAGGCCUACUUGAUCUAUCCAAUGGACGUUGACCAGAAUUAUGUCCUGACGGCAUAUUUCUGCGGUUUGACACUGAAUGUGGUAAGUGCUCUACGAAACUCUUCUAGAAUUGUAGCUGACCAUUAGAUUGCUCUAGUGUUUCUUUUUAAAUUCCUUAUUAUAUUUUUUUAAAAAACAUUAAUCGUAUUCUGAGGAACGCUCCAAAUUACAAACCUAUCUACCCAUGUCUGCAUUUGAAAUUCAAUAUUCAGUUUAAAUCCCACAACAUCUUUCCACUUUUGAUUUAGGAUACGUUCUACAUCCUCCGACGUCCAUCCUUGCUAAAAUCACUUAGGUUUUCGUUUCUGUGAUAUUUUUCAAUUGGCCCUUGACUUCCGCAACAAUUUAAGAUAGAGUUUUAAGGUGACACCUGUUUUUAUUUUGCAUAUUUCGGGAAAAACUGAGCUUUCUUGGCAUUUUAUGAUUAGUGGUGCAUUCGAAUGGCAGAUCUUGUAUCAUAAUGGUAAAACCGACAAAUACUACAGAGACUGGAAUGGCUAUUUCUGACUUGAGUCCUUUCUGAACAAUUUUCCCUCUCUGAGCUCAGCCGUCCAGUUGCUUGAAUGAAAAGUUGUUCGGGACUUUCAUGGAAUCGCGUAACCAAACUUGAGAAGCCCAUUCCACCCACUUUCCUGCUGUGUUUGUUUAGACAUGCUUGAAUCCGAGUCAUGAUCCUUGCGUAGAUAUUUGGUCGGUUAUUUGAUCAUGGUCGGUAUGUGGGUCCUUAAAUAUUGCGGUUGUGCUUAAAACAGUGGUUGGUCAAUGCGGAGAGGUUGUGGAAAAUGCGUUACUGUGUCAAAUAAGGCUACAAAUCACCAACAUAUAUGAAUAUGGUAUGUAUUUAUGAGCAGUAUCGGCCCAAACACCGUACUUACACACCAUAAAAGAACUCAGCAAUGAAGGCAAAAAUACUCGUGGCACUAACGCCUUUAAUGGGAAGUCAAUUUGAUGUUUCCAGAAGCUUGAUGCAGGUGCUGGUUACUCCACCCGACACUUAUCUGUUAGACUGACACGUACUGAAUCAUCUCUAUGAACUAAUAAACUGUGAGUGUUUUCAAAAUAUCAAGAACCUGAUCUCUCCCCGACUAUGGGGCAUUCGUUAAAUGAGACAAGUUCAUCAAAUAUUCCAUGAGUAAGAAAAUGAUUUGCCGAAGACUUCUAGCAAGCUUGGUUCAAAAGGUGCGAUGGUUUGUAUUCCACCGCUUACCACAUAUACGACAGUUUUGCAACGACAGUCGAGCUGUCCUGAUUGAUUUCGAUGAGAGUUAGUGACUUAAUAGCCCUUGAGGCAUCUAUAAACACUGUUGAUUUUGUACAUUUUCAUUCGUUUCAUGUAAUUGUAUUGGCCUGAGGAAGAAUUACCGAAAACGUGCGUUCGCCAACUUGACUUUUCAAUUUUAACAUGGGAAUAUUUGCGGAACUUAGACAAUCCAAAGAUCCCUCGAUGUUAAAGGAACUCAAUGAAUUCCUAAAGUUUAACACCAGACUUGAGGAGGCACACGUGACGAGGAAAUUCUUAUCAGGAUGUAUUGAACGGGGUGAAUAUCCCAAAUACGACUGGAAAACCUUACGGAGAAGCCAUAUCGCCGCAACUUCAACUGCACUAAAACGACACGCAGAAAGCCACCUUGAGACAGUUAAUGCCGGAAUUAAAGAACUCCAGCGGAACUUGUGUCAGAGAUCAGGGGCUCUUGACUGCCUUGAAAACCACGAGAGAUUGGCAUUUAAAGACUAUGUGGAUACAGUCAGAAUUAAAAGAAUGGAGGCCAGGUGGACUAAGCUCCUACGAAGCGUCCAGUCAGUAAAACCUCAGACCGUCCUUCCCAACAAUCCGGAACGGUACGUGCAUAACUAUUCUUCAGUACGACUUGAUAAAGAUCUCGUAGAGGUACUAGCUCUUGGCCCUAAGUUUUGUAUUGCACGGCGGAUGCCGAAACAGUUAGAGCUAGAAAUUCAAUUUGAGAGUCUCUUUAGUCAGACUGCAGAUCUAAAACCCACCGAAGCUAGAGAAGUUGAUUGUCUUAAGUCGACUCUGGUUAACUGCUGCCAACAGUAUCUAAGGAAGUCCCCGAGCAACAAGGGUCCCUUGACAAGGGCCCAUAUCGAUAGUCUUAGGGAGCUUCGUAAAAACAAAAACAUUGUGCUUACUAGACCGGAUAAAGGUUCAGGAGUAGUACUGAUGGAUAGGACAGAUUAUGUGGCGAAACUAGAGGAAAUACUGUCGGAUCGUUCCAAGUUCUCAAAAUCUGAGAAAGAUAAGGAUCGCACGGAGGCUGUCGAGGGUCAGCUGACGACUAUUCUCAAAGAUCUCUGCAAAGAAGGCCAUUUGUCUAGCAAAGAGUAUGAACGACUGAGACCGGUGGCCUCGACAAUACCAAGAAUGUACGGCCUUCCUAAAAUUCACAAACAAGGGCUUCCUCUACGUCCAAUCUUGGAUAUGAGGAAUUCGCCCUAUCAUACCGUUGCAAAAUGGCUAGUGGAAAAACUAAAGCCAUUGCAAAGUUACCUAUACCCUCGAAGUUUAAAAGACUCCUUUGAGUUCGUCGAGGCUAUCAAAAAUAUGAACGUUGGCGGACGGAGGAUGUUAUCACUGGAUGUAUCAUCGCUGUUUACCAACGUACCCGUGGCAGAAACAAUAAACUAUCUUUGUGAUGUUAUUCGUGAUACGAACUACGCCAUAGACAUGCCUGUGAAAACGCUAAAAGAACUACUGACGCUUUGCACACAAAAUGUCCAAUUUCUGUGCAAUGGUCAAUUAUACAGGCAGGUAGAUGGUGUGGCAAUGGGAUCACCCCUUGGACCGUUCCUUGCAAAUGUUUUUAUGGGCAAAGUCGAGAAAACAAGCUUGCAAGAGACCAUUAAUGGCCUCGUCUUCUACCGUCGGUACGUGGACGAUAUCUUCUGCCUGACAGAUGGUACCACCGAUACCGAGGAGCUUGUCCAAAAGUUCAACAGUGCGCACCCCUCGCUAAAGUUCACUGCAGAGACCGAGGCAGAUAACAAACUUGCCUUUCUCGAUGUCCUUCUGCACAGGCAAGAGGAUGGGUCUAUUCAGCGCAGGGUGUUCCGAAAGAAAACCUGGACGGGACAAUAUGUUAAUUUCCACAGUUUUGUCCCCCUUAACAUCAAACGGAAUUUAGUCCAGGGAUUGGCGACUAGAGUGAGACGCAUCUGCUCACCUGAAGCUAUUGAAGAAGAACUUCAACAGCUGCGGAACACACUUCGGGAGAACGGAUACCCGGAUAGAUUCAUCCUCCGAAAUAUUGGGGAACGCGUUUAAAAGGCCACUGUUGAGACUGCGGAAAAGAAGGAUGUAUUCAUAAGAUUGCCUUUUAGAGGAGACGCAGAGAGCGAACUAGUCCGACGGCGCAUAACUACAGCUAUCACGAGGGCAUUCCCUGCGGCGAAUUUACGCGUAUGCUUCACAAACUCUCCCCUCCUACGUUUGGGAGGUAAAGACAGACUACCGUUGGAGGCCACAUCAUUGUGCAUUUAUUCAUUCACUUGCUCCUGUGGAGCAGGAUACAUCGGCCGCACAACGAGACGCCUGGUAAAGAGAGUACGUGAACAUAUGCCCGCCUGGCUAGACAGAGGUGAAACCCGGUCGAUUUCGAGUUCUAUUCUCGCGCAUUUAAUCGAUACGAACCACCGAGUCGAUGCCAAGAAAGCAUUUCAGGUUGUCUACCGGACACCAACAUGCUUCUCUAAAGGCCUACGCCAACGGAUACUAGCAACGGCAGAGGCAGUAGCUAUACGGUUAGUGAAUCCGGUAUUAUGCUGUCAGAAAACUCUGACACAAGCGCUUUCGCUGCCGUGGCCAACGCCAACGCCAACCCCAAGUGAUGAAGCCAUGCCGCCUCAAAUCCCUAAUCACGAUGAUGGGUGCUCCGUGUACUCAACCCAAGAUCAUUACUCAAAGACUCUCUUACCCCCCUCCCCUAGCCCCGACGACUAACACCCGCCGACCUUCUCAUGCGGACGGCGUGGGGAUGAUGAGUGUUAGUGAAUUAAUAGCCCUUGAGGCAUCUAUAAACACUGUUGAAUUUGUACAUUUCAUUCGUUUCAUGUAAUUGUAUUGGCCUGAGGAAGAAUUACCGAAAACGUGCGUUCGCCAACUUGACUUUUUGAUUUCGAUAAGUUGCAAUCAAUUGGGCAUCGAAACACGUAGAAUGCUACAGCAGGCCUGAUGACACCUCAGUGGCUUCUUUUAAAGAGAUACGUCAUUUCAUACUUAUUAGUAAAUAUCAUCUGAAUUAUGUUUAUAUUUAGAUUAAGGCGUGAUUAAGGCGUGAUUUCAGAUCACCCAGACAAUGGCAUCCUAAUGUGCUUUUGCAAAUGUGACAUUGUCAAACAGAUUGUCAUAUUCAUGACAUGUCGCAGAAGUAAACUAUUACUUAGGACUGUUUAACGAAUUAUGAUCGGAUUUACAAACGAUGGAUGGGAAAUCGAGCCUGCGGCCCAGUGGUUAUUGCGCAGAAUCAACAGGUGUCGCACACCACGCAUUUGGGCAUGUCCGACUGACGAUGACUGAUCAGCCAGAAGUGGCCAUUCCGGUCUCCCUCGUCUUUGUCGAUAAUAACAUUCUGUCCAUAUAGGUAAGACGGCAACAGCAAGGCAGGGGAAGCAAGAUUGCCUAUUUCUGGCUUAAUGGCGGUCGUUAGAGUUCCAAAUGAAACACCGGGCGUUGAGUGACUGAAAUUCGAGCCAGGGAUAAUUUGUCACUGAGUGCGAGUUCUAUCAUCGAGCCACAGACCGCAAUGAUAUUCUGUUUAUUGCAAAUGCCGCUGUGCAACUGCUGGCGCGCUCGAGAGAGGAUCACACGGCAAGAGUAUGUUCCACAACGCGAUUUACAGAUGUUGAGUACAGCUUUGUGUAAUUCAGGACUGCUGACACCAUUUGCUGUUUCUGUGCUAACCUGGAGUCGUAGAUGGUAGUAGCCCACUAAUUGGAAUUUGGGCAGAGUUAACGAAGAAUUCAUCAUAGAUGGCUUUGUGCGGUUUAAGGGCAAUUGUACAUUCGACAUUUUUUGUAUUUGCAGAAACCCAUCAACAACCCCAACAUCUCCGUUGUCUACAGAAGCAAGUCAGAUUGUGCAUUAGGGACCGCCAAUUCCUACUGGACAAUGAUCAUCGUAAAGAGUGCCCUCACCAAUUACGCCCGACGCCUUCAGUUGCGCAAGAUCAUCAGCCGAGAGGCUGUGGAAGCCAAAGUCAAGGUUGGAGUCCUCUUCAGUCUUGGGCUUCCUGCCAACGGCCAAAUACCCCCUGACCUGCACGAAGAGAUCGCGCAAUUCGAUGACAUCCUGUUCGCCAGCUACACGGACACCUACUAUAACCUGACCCUAAAGACGAUCUCCAAUCUGGGCUUUGUUCAUCGCCACUGUCUACACGCCAGCUCCACGUUUGUCUUCCUCAAUGACGAUCAUGGAAUCAGUCUGAAACAGCUGCGCCGAUUACUCUCAAACUUCCCCUUGUCGGUAGUCCGCAGAAGUAUCUUCGGCCACACUAACGCCGGAAGCCCAGUGAUGCGUUUAAAGGAUUCUAAGUGA